AUGGUUGCACCACAAGCCCUGUGGGCGCAGCUCCUUCUGGACUUUCUGGAGCAACUGGACAAGUGCAUGUACAAUGCGUACGAGGGUAGUGCAGGCAGCCUGCCUGCGGCCCCCAAGGCGGUGCGCACCUUCUUCCGCACCAACCGGGCCACCUGCCUCGAGUGGCUGGCCCGGGUGCGGCCACGGGCCGUACGCCUCGCUCUGCGCGCGGGACGACCAGCCGAGGCCUUGCGGCACACGGGAGCCCUGGCUGCCACUGCGCCCCAAGGCUUGGGAGCAGUGGUUCGUGAUGCGGCCACCUCGCUGGUGCAGCUGCACUGCCCCGAAGCCAUCUGGGGCCUGUACGCCUGGGGCAAGGAGAUCCUGGGACAGCGCAUGCCCUGGCUGCGCGCGGCUGCUGCUCAUGCUGCUGGCAGAUAUGAGUCUGCUGCUGACGAGUAUGCAGCCAUCCUCAAGGAUGAAGCGCAGGCAUCGAAGGAGAUUCGGCCAUUCUUGCUCAACCAGAUCCUGGACUGCCACAUGAAGUUGGCCGACUGGAACGAAGCGCUCAAGUGGGUAGAGGAUUCCCGGCAUGCACCAGUCAACGGCUGUGUCAACAAGACCAGUACCCGCAUGUCCUCCAUCGCCCAGCACAUCAGGUCGCUACUGAGCACAGACCCUGUCGAGAGCCCAUCCUGCCCGCGAGACAUGUGGGACGCCGAGCAGCAGCUGCUCUUGGCCCAACACCGGGCGACGAUGCCCGGCUGCUGUCGCGACAUCAACGCAUCGGAGGAGUCGGCCACCGCGCUGCUGCAGCUGUGUACCAUCCAGUGGCCACCACAGGUGGACCCCGCCCUGCUGGCUCUGGUGCGCCGGGUGCCACCGGUGAUUGGCGAGCCUCUGUCGCCCGCGCAGCACGACUGCAGCGCCAUCAGCGAGGCCCUCACGUGGAGUCACGCCGAGCCCAUUGAAGGGUUCCUGUUGGCGGGGGCUCGUCUGGCCCGCAAGCAGCACAACCUGCGACUGGCCGAACGGUGGCUUCUGCGAGAGGCCGGCAGUGACGAGGAGGGCUCUUCCCUGACCGCACUGGCCGACGACGGCGCCCCCCUGGCCGUCCUGAGGGAGGCCGCCAAGUUGCUGCACGCUCGGGGAGAGCUGGCCGAGGGUGCGAGGAUCAUGGCCCGUGUGGCCUGGACGCACGCCACCAGUCUCGAAGACUCGGAGCUAGUUGCCAGGUAUCGUUAG